GUGGCGUGGAGGGAUAUGGGCCGGCUGGUGUGAGGCGGCUCAAGUUGCCCGUGGACUGAAAAAGUUGUGAAGUUUGAGUGGAGUUUGGGGAAAGUUUGGGGGAGGUCUGGGCUGAGGAUCUUGCAGCACCUUAAGAUAUUUUACAUAGAAUUACAGAACGACUUCAACCGUCUCCUCUUUCCCCAUGACAAGCUGGACUGGACUUUCCUGGCUGCACCUUGGCAUUGGAUGUAUAAGUUAAUCCGGCAAAGCAAAGGAGUUAGAAGAGACUUUUGCGCCUGGAAACAAUGGGGCAUUUAACAGUGUGCAGCUUGGUUUGGGGGCUGUUGCUGGCCGCGGCGUGUGGAGGAGCGCUGCAAUGUCGCGAAAACUCCCCGCUUUGUCAGAAUGGGCGAUGCAUCAAGACCUCGCACGGAGACACAUCGUGCCUGUGUCGGACGGGCUACCUGGGGGAGCGUUGCCAGUUCCCGGACCCCUGCCAGCGGUCACCAUGUCUCAACGGAGGGACUUGCCGGAACUCGGUGGUCAACGGGACAGUGCAGUACACCUGUAGCUGCACCCGAGGAUUCAGAGGAGCAAACUGUUCCCAGAUCGACGCCUGUGCCACCAACCCCUGCGCCAACGGGGCUCGCUGUGCCAACUGGAACACUCGCUACAACUGCUCCUGCCCUCCGGGCUACAGCGGCAAGCACUGCCGCACCGACAUCGACGAGUGCAAGAGUGCCGAUCGCUGCCACAACAGGGGCACCUGCCUCAACACGCCCGGCUCCUUCCUCUGCCAGUGCCAGGCCGGCUUCACCGGGCAGCUGUGCGAGAGCGUCUACAUCCCCUGCGCCCCUUCGCAGUGCCGCAACGGGGGCACCUGCCGACAGACUGGAGACCUGACGUACGAGUGUGCCUGCUUACCAGGUUUCGAGGGGCAGAACUGUGAGGUCAACAUCAACGACUGCCCCGGACAUAAGUGCAUGAACGGAGGAACGUGUGUGGAUGGUGUCAACACUUACAACUGCCAGUGUACCCCCGAGUGGACAGGUCAAUUUUGCACAGAGGACGUUGACGAAUGCCACCUGCAGCCCAACGCUUGUCACAACGGAGGGACCUGCUUCAACACCAUGGGGGGCCACACCUGCGUGUGCGUCAACGGCUGGACCGGGGAUGACUGCAACGAGAACAUUGACGACUGUGCCAUGGCCGUUUGCUUCAACGGAGCCACCUGUCACGACCGAGUGGCCGCCUUCUUCUGCGAAUGCCGCGUUGGGAAAACAGGUUUGCUGUGCCAUCUAGACGACGCUUGCGUCAGCAACCCGUGCCACGAGGACGCCAUCUGCGACACCAACCCCGUCACCGGGCAGGCCAUUUGCACCUGCCCAUCGGGCUUCACAGGACCCGCGUGCAACCAGGACGUGGACGAGUGCUCGAUAGGCGCCAAUCCGUGCGAACACUUUGGGAAGUGUGUGAACACCGACGGCUCAUUCCAGUGCCAGUGCGGGAAGGGUUACACAGGCCCGCGCUGCGAGACCGACAUCAACGAGUGCCUGUCCAUGCCCUGCCAGAACGAUGCCACCUGUCUGGACCAUAUCGGGGAGUUCACCUGCAUCUGUAUGCCAGGCUUCACAGGGACCUACUGCGAGAUCGACAUGGACGAGUGUGAGAGCAACCCGUGUGUGAACAGCGGAGUGUGCACGGACAUUGUCAACGGCUUCAUCUGCAAGUGCCCGUCUGGCUUCACAGGAUCGAUGUGUCAGAGCGAUGUGGACGAGUGUGCCAGCACCCCCUGCCAAAAUGGGGCCAAGUGCAUCGAUCGGCCCAACGCUUACGAGUGCAGAUGUGCUGAAGGGUUCGAAGACGUGCUGUGUGAGAGGAACGUUGACGACUGCAACCCGGACCCUUGUCACCACGGCACCUGCAUCGACGGCAUCGCCAGCUUCACCUGCGUGUGUGACUCCGGCUACACUGGCUACCGCUGCGAGAACCAGGUCAACGAGUGCCACAGCAACCCCUGCCAGAACUCUGGCAAGUGCAUCGAUCUGGUCAAUGCGUACCUGUGCCACUGCCAGCUGGGCACCUCAGGUGUCAACUGUGAGAUUAAUUACGACGACUGUGCCAGCCAGCCCUGCGAUUAUGGCAUCUGUCAGGACGGGAUUAAUCGGUACGAUUGUAUCUGCAAAGCUGGUUUCACAGGGCCUCUGUGCAACGUUGAGAUCGACGAGUGUGUGUCAGGUCCAUGUCGAAACGGGGGCACCUGUGUGGACGGAGAGAACAGCUUCACCUGCCUGUGUCCUGACGGUUUCCACGACCCCCUGUGUUAUUCCGAGGUGGACGAGUGCGGCAGCAGCCCCUGUGUGCACGGCAUCUGUCAUGAUGACAUCAACGGGUACAAGUGUGACUGUGAAGCCGGCUGGGGGGGCGUGAACUGCCACCUGGACAAGAACGAGUGCGAGUCCAACCCCUGCCAGAACGGGGGCUCCUGCUCCGACCUCAUCAACGGCUACAUCUGCAAGUGUAAAGAAGGCUUUCGAGGACAACACUGCCAAGUUAACAUCAAUGACUGUGCCUCAAACCCCUGCCUGAACAAAGGAGUUUGUGUGGAUAAAAUUGCCAGUUAUAGCUGCCAGUGCGACCUGCCUUACACAGGACCCAACUGUGAGAAUGUGCUGGUACCCUGUUCCCCAAACCCGUGCGAGAACGGAGGCUUGUGCGACCACACACCAGACUACGAGGAUUUCAUAUGUACCUGUGGGGAGGGCUGGCAAGGACAAACCUGUCACGUGGAUAUUGACGAGUGUGCCACCAGCCCGUGUAAGAACGGGGGGAGUUGCACUAACGAGCUGGGAGGCUUUGCGUGUGCGUGUCGGCCAGGCUUCACGGGACUCACGUGCGAGACAGACAUCAACGACUGCACUCCCAAUCCCUGCCUGAACGGCGGCGCCUGCCUGGACAGAGUCAACUCCUUCAGCUGCAGUUGCCAGCCCGGCUUCACCGGCAGCCGGUGUGCCACCGAGGUCAACGAGUGCCAGAGUAACCCGUGCCGCAACGGGGGCCAUUGCACAGACUACGUUAACAGCUACACCUGUACGUGCCAGGCCGGCUUCAGCGGCUUACACUGCGAGAACAACAUCCCCGACUGCACCAAGAGUUCCUGCUUUAAUGGUGGCACCUGCCUGGACGGUGUGAACACCUACACUUGCCGCUGCCGCCCGGGCUUCACCGGCUCCAACUGCCAGCACGAGAUCGACGAGUGCCGCUCAGCCCCCUGCCUGAACGGUGGGGUAUGUGUGGAUGGUGUGGAAUCGUACAGGUGUAUCUGCCAGCAGGGCUACCGCGGCGACAGGUGUCAGGCAACUGUGGACUGGUGCAGUAAGUCUCCCUGCAAGAACGGAGGCUGGUGCCGUCCCACACGCACCUCCUUCAGCUGUGAGUGUGGCAGCGGCUGGGCAGGGCGCUACUGUGACAUCCCCAGCGUCUCGUGUGAGGUGGCAGCAGUGCGGAGAGGAGUGAGUGUGAGCCAGCUGUGUCACCACGCUGGCUCCUGUUUCAGCGCUGGGAACGCUCACUACUGCGUGUGCCAGAAGGGCUACACGGGCAGUUACUGUGAGGCCGAGGUGGAUCAGUGUCAACCCAACCCCUGCCACAACAGUGCCUCCUGCAGAAGCUUCAUCGGACACUUCAUGUGUGAGUGCUUGCCGGGCUACAAGGGUACAAAGUGUGAGCUGGAGGUCAACGAGUGUGAAUCCAACCCCUGCCAGAAUGGGGGCACCUGCCUGGACCUGAUCGGCCGCUACAUCUGUUCGUGCCCACCAGGAACACUCGGCGUGCUGUGCGAGAUAAACCAGGACGACUGUGGCUUCUCUCAAAGCUCCAAGUGUCUGAAUAAUGGGACGUGCGUGGACAGAGUGGGCGGCUACACCUGUAACUGCCCCCCCGGCUUCACUGGCGAUCGGUGCGAGGGCGACAUCAAUGAGUGUCUCUCCAACCCCUGUAACCCACAGACAACAAUCAACUGCAUCCAACUCCCCAAUGACUAUCACUGUGUGUGCAAGCCCGGCUACACAGGUCACCAGUGUCAGAGCGUCAUCAACAUGUGUGAGUCCCACCCUUGUCAGAAUGGUGGCCAUUGUAAAUUGACCGUCAACACACCCCUCGGCUACACGUGCAAAUGUCAACCGAAUUUCUCCGGGACCAACUGUCAGCGCAGCUUCCUGAGCUGCCGGGAGCUGAACUGCCAGAGUAACGAGCUUUGCCUGGACUCCCCGCUGGGAGCCCAGUGUACCUGCCUCCCCGGCUUCACAGGCCCGGCCUGCCAUCUCCGCAACAACAACACCUGUGCCGGCCGGCCGUGCCGUAACGGGGGCUUCUGUAAACCCAGCCGACAGCCUCCCUAUUACCAGUGCCUCUGCCCGAAGGAGUUCGGGGGUUCUCGCUGCGAGCUGUUGAAGACUUUCCUGCCCAAGGGGCUCCCCCAGCCCACCGAGCCCCCAGGCUGCUCCCUCGCCGAGUGCGGGGGCAAGGCCAGUGACGGCUACUGCGACCGGGAAUGCAACACGCGGGCCUGCCAGUGGGAUGGGGGAGACUGCUCGCUGUCAGUGGACGACCCCUGGAAGGGCUGCCCGCGGGCGCAGUGCUGGAGCCUCUUCAGCAACAACCUGUGCGACAAGGACUGCAACAGGCGCGAGUGUCUGUACGACAACUUUGACUGUCAGAGCCAGGAGCGGGUCUGCAACCCGCUGUAUGAGAAGUACUGUGCGGAUCACUACGCUGAUGGCCGCUGUGACCAGGGCUGUAACAACGAGGAGUGCGGCUGGGACGGGCUGGACUGCGCCCCAGACGUGCCUGAGCGCCUGGCGGAGGGGACGCUGGUGCUGAUUGUCCUGCUGCCCCCGGAGGAGCUGCUGAGGAGCAGUACGAACUUCCUGCAGAAGUUGGGCUCCCUGCUCCGCACCAGCCUGCGCUUCAAGCUGGACGCCAACGGCCAGUACAUGAUCUACCCUUACUACGGGGUCCGGCGGGCCGGAGUCCAGAGGCGCUCGGCCCCGCACGCCAGGGUGGUCCGGGAGCUCGGCCAGGAGGUCAUAGGGUCAGAAGUGAACCUCGAGAUCGAUAACCGCUUGUGCCUGAAGGCGGCUGGCGAGUGCUUCCCCACAGCGGAGAACGCAGCCGCGUAUAUGGGGGCCCUCAAAGUGGUAGGGAACCUGCACUUCCCCUACCCCAUCAAGGACGUCCACGGAGAGGUGUUGCCCCCGCCCUCCCCCCCUGUGAACAUGCUGUCGUUGGUGGUUGUGGCGGCUGUGAUCUUGCUGGUUAUCCUGGUGCUGGGAGUAUUGGUGGCCAGACGUAAGCGGGAGCACAGCGUCCUCUGGUUCCCCGAGGGCUUCAACCUGAAGAAGGACAGCAGCAACAAGAACCGGCGUGAACCUGUGGGUCAGGAUUCCCUGGGCAUGAAACACAUCUCGAAGGGGAUGGUGGAGGAGGGUUUGAUGAGCGAGCGAGACCUGCAGACAGAGCCCUGGCUGGACAACGAUUGCCCUGAGGCCAAGAGACUGAAGGUGGAGGGACCAGCUGUGCUGUCAGACAGUGAGGACACAGUGGAUUGCCGGCAGUGGACACAGCAUCAUCUCGCCGCGGCUGACAUCCGGAUGCCCCCGUCCAUGGCUCUGACCCCACCCCAGGGCGAGUUCGACUCCGACUGCAUGGAUGUGAAUGUCCGAGGCCCAGACGGGUUCACGCCCCUGAUGUUGGCCUCGUACUGCGGUGGGGGGCUGGACACGGGCCUGGCCGAGGAGGAAGAGCCGGAGGACUCGUCCGCCAACAUCAUCUCCAACCUGAUCUACCAGGGGGCCAACCUGUGCGCUCAGACCGACAGGACGGGGGAGACAGCCUUGCACUUGGCUGCCCGCUACGCCCGGGCCGACGCAGCCAAGCGGCUGCUGGACGCUGGGGCCGACGCCAACGCUCAAGACAACACGGGGCGCUCCCCCCUACACGCUGCCGUGGCCGCCGACGCCCAGGGGGUCUUUCAGAUCCUAAUAAGGAACCGAGCCACAGACCUGGACUCGCGGAUGCUGGACGGCUCCUCUGCGCUGAUCUUGGCCGCUCGGCUCGCUGUGGAGGGGAUGGUGGAGGAGCUGAUUGCUUGUCACGCUGACGUGAAUGCUGUCGAUGAAAUCGGUAAAUCCGCCCUUCACUGGGCAGCAGCCGUCAACAAUGUAGAUGCCACAUUGGUGCUGCUCAAGAACGGUGCCAACAAGGACAUGCAGGACAGUAAGGAGGAGACUCCGCUGUUCCUGGCCGCUCGCGAGGGCAGCUACGAAGCCGCCAAGAUGCUGCUGGAUCACUUCGCUAACCGUGACAUCACCGACCACAUGGACAGGCUCCCCCGGGACAUCGCCCAGGACCGGAUGCACCACGACAUUGUGCAGCUGCUGGAGGAGUACAACGCCGUGCGAAGCCCGCAGGGGCCCGGGGGCUCCCUGGGGCCCCACUCCAUGUCCCCGCUCAUGUGCCCCCCGAACAGCUACCUGAGCAACCUCAAGCAGACGCCUCAGGGCAAGAAGAGCAGGAGGCCGGGAGCCAAGGCGGGCAGCGGGGCCAACCAGAGCAAGGAGAGCAAGGCGCGGAGCAAGAAGCUCAGCCUGGACUGCCAGGGGGCGCUGAUGGAGAGCUCGGUCACUCUGUCGCCCGUCGACUCGCUGGAAUCGCCCUGUGCCUACAUGGCCAACCCUACCUCGCCUGUCAUGACGGCCUCGGGCCUCCUGCACCCGGCCGGCUCCCUGUCGGUGCUGACCUCGCCCCCGGGGGGCGGCGGGGGAGUGCUGGAGGGCCCCUUUGCCGUGUCGCUGGCCAGCCUCCGCAACAUCGGCGACAUCGCCGCCCAGAACACGGCCAUCCUGUCCAUGAACCACCUCCAGCCCCCGCGUCUGUCCAUGUCGCAGCUGUCCGCCGCCCAGUCCAACUGCCUCCUCAACACGGCGGGGCUGGGCCUGAACGUGGGCAUGAUGGGCCCUGUCACCGCCCUGCCCUUCGAGUGGCACCCGCGCAUGGCAGCAGGCUCGGCCCAGUGUAACUCGGUCAUCAACGUGCUUCACCAGGCCGGGGUGGGCGUGGGUGGGGGGGGCAUCCGCCAGCACGCCCCCGGCCUGCCGCACAGCCUGCUCCUGCAGAACACCGUGGGCGCGGGCAACGGGAAUCAAGCCCUCAACCAACAGAGCCCCAGCAAACCUCCCCCCAGCGCAGAAGCGGCCGAACAACAACAACAACAACAACAACAGCAGCAGCAGCAACAACAACAGCCCCAGCUCUCUCAGCCCGGGCCGGGCCAGCAGCUAUGCGUGGCUCCUGCCAGCGGCGGGGGGCGCCCCAGCCAACAGGGCCUGUGUCGGAGCGACGUGGCCAGGAUGCCAGAUCGGUGCAACAACCCGUCCCUAUCCCCGCAGGAAGCCCAGCCUCCUCCUCCCCCUCCUCCGCCGCCGCCGCCGAUUCAGGGCAACGUGGCCACGUACUUCAAAGCCCACGGCAGCACCGGCCCCGAGGGUUACCGCAGCCCGCCCGCCAAACACGCCUACACCCCGGGGCUGGAGAACACGCCCAAGCAUUACCUCCACCUGAAGACUGAGCACCCCUACCUGACCCCUUCCCCCGAGUCGCCGGAGCAGUGGACGAGCCCGUCUCCUCACUCCAUGUCCGACUGGUCUGACUCCACCACCCCCAGCCCAGCCAUCGUCUCGCACCAGCCCCCACUCCAGCUCCAGAUCCAGCUCCAGCACGUGACUGAACCCAACAACAAAAUGCAAGUGUUUGCAUAGAAGUUCCUGGCCCCCGAAUUUGUUUUUUUUUUAUUAUUUUUAUUAUUAUUUUUUAUUUUCGACA